AUGGAAGAAAAUAGAACUAAUUGCGAUUGCUUGUCUUCUGCUAGAACGUCUCAAAGUAAUGCGUACAGGGAAAUGGAGAAUAUUUGUGAGAUUUACAGGAACUUGCGAAAUAUUUCAAAAUUUUACGACUGGCAAAAUCAGUGCUUAAAUGAUGAACAUUUAAUAAGUGGUAAAAAUAUGAUUUUAUCGAUGACAACCGGUGCAGGAAAAACUCUUGUUGCAGAGAUUGUAAUGCUACGAGAAUUAAUUAACCGACGGAGGAGUUGUAUUCUUGUUGUACCAUAUGUUGCAAUCGCUCAGGAGAAAGUGUAUUCAUUGUCGCUUUUCGAGGAUAAGUUUAAUAUUUGCAUUGAGGAGUAUGCCGCAAGCAAAGGUCGUUUACCACCAAUCAAACAUCGAAAAAGAGAAUCUGUAUAUGUUGCGACUAUUGAAAAAGCAAACUUGUUAAUUAAUAGUUUGAUAGAAGUGGAUCGCAUAGACGAAAUUGGAGUUCUAGUAGUUGAUGAAUUGCAUAUGAUAGGAGAAAAUAUUCGAGGAGCAAUUAUUGAACAAGGACUGAUUAAAUUUAUGCAAAAAGGAACUGGUCAAAUAGUUGGUAUGUCAGCAACUCUUUCAAAUGUCGAACAGCUAGCAAAAUUUCUCAAUGCAGCGGUAUUUUCAACAAAAUUUCGUCCAGUUAAACUGAUAGAGAAGGUAAAAAUCGACAACUCGUUGUAUGUCAUACAACCAGGUGGAGAAUUGGAGUUGGAGAUGAAUUUAGGUGAAAAUAAAUUAAAAAAUCGUGAUCCAGAUGGAUUAGUACCUUUGUUAUAUGAUAUUGUACCAAGACGGUCUGUUCUGAUUUUUUGCCCCACCAAAAAGAAUUGUGAAAACGUUUGUAAAAUGCUUUCAUAUCUGAUGCCGAAGAGUUUUCGAGAACGUAAAAAAACCGAAAGACUGGCUAUAGUAAAAGCACUGAAAAAUGAAGAAGAUGGCGAGUUCCCUUCUUUGCUAGAACUAAGCAUCACUCGUGGUGUUGCUUAUCAUCAUAGUGGUUUAACAGCCGACGAAAGAAAGAUUAUUGAGGGUGCUUAUCAGGAUGGAAUUAUUAGUAUAAUUUGCUGUACUUCUACUUUGGCGGCGGGAGUUAAUCUUCCGGCCCGACGAGUGAUAAUCAAUGCUCCAUUGGUUGGUAAAGAAUCACUUCGUAAAGCGCAAUAUCUUCAAAUGAUUGGUCGUGCUGGUCGAGCUGGCUAUGAUGAUAUGGGAGAAGCAGUUACAGUCGUACGCUCUAGUUAUGAGGAAAGUAAAUUUUUAGACAUGAUCAAAGGGCCUCUGCCGCGAUGUAAUAGUUCAUUGAAUGAACCAGCAGUGUUUUCAUCAUUUCUGCUCGAUUUAAUCUCAUUGAAGGUGGCGCAACGGUUGGAAGAGCUGGAAGUUCUGGUGCAACAAACAUUAUUUGGAAUACAAAACAGUGGUAGUGAGAAGCUAUUAAGAGAAAUGUUGGAAUAUCUAAUAAAUCACGAUUUAGUAAGUGUUGAUGGGAAUGGGAACUAUUCGGCUUCACUUUUUGGCAUGGCAGUCUUUUCGGCUCCCUUAUCACCACUGGUAGCACGGCAGAUGUGCACAUUAUUAUCAAAUAAUAUAAAAGAAGGUAUUGUAUUAUCUUCACAUUUUCAUCUGUUAUUCAUGAUGGUACCGUUCGACAUAAGCGUUGAUAUUGAUUGGAAUAUAUUCUAUGAAGAGUAUAAAGCCUUGCCAAGAUCUGAGCAAGCUUUGCUUGCACGAUUGGGAGUGAAUGAUAAGCAAUUGGUGCGGUGUUUUAUUGAUCAACCAAAAUUAAAUGAAGGUGAAUCGCCAUUACGUCUUUAUAUUUCAUUCAUGUUGCACCGACUGUGGAAGCAGGAAACGUUUUUUGAUGUUGCGGAACGUUUUCACGUGUCUCGUGGUUGGCUUCAGAAUGUCCUGCAAGCAACUUGUUCACAGGCAUCUUCAAUCACGCGUUUUUCAGAAAAAUUGCCGUCUUUCUGGUCGUUGAAAAAUUUAUUGCCUGAUUUGGUACAGCAUUUGCGAGAUUGUUCACAGCAGGAGUUGAUUCCAUUACUUGCGUUGGAUGGUGUUAAAAGAGGACGAGCUCGACAACUUUAUAAUGCUGGUUUCAAAACGAUUGGUUCAAUUGCUUCAACAGAUCCAUUGGUAUUGCUAUCUACUAUAGAUCAUCUUAAUAGACGACAAGCUAAUGCAAUCAUCAGGAGUGCAAAGGUUUUACUUCGUGAUCAGCUUGCGGAGAAAGUUGAAGAACUGCAAGAGCAAAUUGGAAUUAAGGAGAUGGACAUUUUGGCAAAUUUUUUCUCAUAUUGUUGA